CUGUCAAAACGAUGUAAAGGGAGGAGUGUCACUUCCUUGUUGUGUAAUGUGUAAUGCUCCCGCUGCUUGUGCUGCCAGCAUGAUAGUCGUGAUAAUGGGAGUGAGCGGAUCCGGGAAAACUGUUGUAGGAUCCCAACUUGCAAAACAGCUGGAAUGGAAAUUCUAUGAUGCAGAUGAUUAUCAUCCCAUAGAAAACAAGGAGAAAAUGUCUCGAGGGACUCCACUCACUGACCAGGACAGACAGCCAUGGCUUUGUGAGCUGCAUGAAAUAAUAAUGAGAGAGAAGGCUCUUGGUCAGCAUGUGGUGUUGUCAUGUUCUGCUUUAAAGAGAGCCUACAGGAUCAUUCUCCUAACUGGCGCCACUUCCCUUCUGCCUGAGAAGCUGCACAAGAAGGAUGAUCUUUCCUCCGAGACACUGUUUGUGCAUUUGCAUGGGUCUGUGGAAGUCCUCUCCCAAAGGCUGCAGGAGAGAAAAGGACAUUUCAUGCCUAUAAUGUUAUUAGAUUCCCAAAUUGCCACUUUGGAGCCUCCAUCAGUACCAGAGCGUUUUAUUACAAUUGAUGUGGACAAGGACAUUUCAUUAAUAGUCUCUGCAAUACAGAAUGAAGUAGCCAGGAAAAUGAUGUUAGUGGAAUCUGCACAGACACAUUAGAAGGUACCUGCUUGGAACGUUUUCCCAUCAACAACAGCGGCUCCUCCAAACAAGGAAAUCAAACUAACUGCUGCAUUUGAAAGAGAUGGCUGACAUUAUUAUGCAUUUUUAGAGGAUUACAGUAAUAGUAGCAACUAAUCUGCACUGAUUAAGAAAGAAAAUUUAUUAAAAGCAUCAAACCA